AUGGAAUCGCCGACUGGAGGAGUGGACGGAGGUGGAGUUGCCGCCGUCUGGUGUGGCCAGAGGUGGAGUCGUCGGCUGGAAGUGCGGACGAAGAUGGAGGUGUGGGCGUAUAUGGCAACCGAUGGUGAUUGUAGUUUUCUUUUGACGUUCUUCCUGCGUCCGUUCGGCAAGAGAAGGAGUUGGACUAGGUUGAGGAAAUGUAGCUUCUUUGAAUGGAAAGAUGAAGAACAGGCAGACGGGUACUACAAAAACCUACUAUAUUCUCUGAAGCAGAAACUGGAUGCCAAAGAUGAACUGUCUGAGAUGAAAAAAUUGAGGAGAAUGAUUGUUGAAGUGGAGUUUCUGCUGUCACAGGAGCAGUAUAAGGUGGCAAAGAGUGAGAAAGAAGUUCAUGAUGCAAGGAAGGCAAUAGGCAGGUACAGGAUGAUAGUUGCCCUGGUAGUUAGUUUGGUUGGUUAG